AUGCACCGCAUAGAGCGGUGCAGAUUCGUCGCGAUGUUGGGGACGAUGAAGGCGGGAUUCGCGCGUUGUUUGUGCUGGCGGAGGUAUUUGUCUAGGCGCCUGGCGCGUCGAUUGCGCGAUUCAUUCGAAUGUGACGUCCGCAGGGAAUGUGACCCAGCGCGUCUGGCGCGAAGAUCUGCAUGCAUCAGGUUGAGAACGUCUUUCAUGGUCGUGCGCGCCGGCAAAGAACCGCAUAGAAGGAGUGGAUGGGCGUCAGGGGGGAGCCGUGGCAGCGCAUGCGGUGCAGUCAUGCAGUUGGCUGGCAAUUGCCGAACCCAACUGGAAUCGAUUUGUUUUCGCGACGAAACCCCGCUUUCGACCUUCGUCAUCCCCCUCAUCCCCCCGAGCCCAGCAGAAAAACAGUCGAGCAUCCCGCUCUCUGGCGUCGUCGACACCCGGCCGACCCUAGAGCACACGGUCGCCACCAUUCUCCAAAAAAGGAACCAAGACCUCCGACUUCUCUGUCGCGAGUGGUCAUCCGUGCGAGGUUUGUGCUUAUGGCCCAUUCGACGCGUCCCCGCUGACCGCGAUAUGCAGGGGAACCACCCUAACACGCCCAAUCCACUCUAG